AUGGCAUCAGAUAUUCCUGGCUCGGUGGCCUUGCCGGUGGCACCAAUGGCAAGUGGACAAGUGAGAAUGGCAGGAUCCAUGCCUUCCAGAGGAGGAAAGCGCCGCUCUGGAAUGGACUUCGAUGAUGAAGAUGGGGAGGGGCCCAGCAAAUUUUCAAGGUAUGAUGGUGAUCAAAUCUCUGGUGAUAAGGAAAAGUUUGCAAGGGAGAAUCAUAGUGAAAUUGAGAGACGCAGGAGAAAUAAGAUGACACAGUACAUCACUGAACUGUCUGAUAUGGUACCCACCUGUAGUGCAUUGGCUCGUAAGCCUGACAAGCUGACCAUUCUUCGGAUGGCUGUUUCACACAUGAAGUCAAUGAGGGGCACUGGAAACAAAUCUACUGAUGGAGCUUACAAGCCUUCGUUUCUUACAGAACAGGAACUGAAACAUCUUAUCCUGGAGGCUGCAGAUGGGUUCCUGUUUGUAGUUGCAGCUGAGACGGGAAGAGUGAUCUACGUGUCGGAUUCUGUGACUCCUGUGCUGAACCAGCCACAGUCUGAAUGGUUUGGCAGCACUUUGUAUGAACAGGUUCAUCCAGACGAUGUGGAAAAGCUGAGAGAGCAACUAUGUACAUCCGAAAACUCUAUGACAGGUCAGAUAUGUCUGAUGUAUGGUUCUGUGUGUUAUGGAUCCCUGCAGAGUUUUUCUGACAUUCCAAAUGCCCGGUUUAGAAAUCUGGGUCCAUUUUCUCAACCCUAUAACCUCUUCCUUCAGCCCUUGAAUUGGGGAAGCAACGACAGCAUCUUGACAAAGCAGAAACUUGACUUGCCUCGCAUCGGAUCAGAGAAAUGUCCUUUGAUUGUAUGUGUCCUGUUACAAGCACUGAUUGUUAGCGCUGCAUUGCUGGGAUUUUCCCAGCGCCUCUUAGCAAUCCUGCUACGCAGAGAAGCUGUUCCAGACCCCGAGGACUUGGGAGGCUGCCACUGCCAAAGGGAGCGACAGAGAACAAGUCAGCGGAGAAAGCAGGCUCCCUCUCACACUUCUGCCCCCAGCAAUAAGACUAGGACUGGGGCUGUGGUUGCAUGA